AAUAAUCAGACUAAACAAAACCCAAAACAAUUAAAAGUCACAAUAGUGGAUGACAAUGUCAAUAAAACUAAAAUACUAGAUAAUUAUAAUAACAAAAUUGAGACAAGAGAUAACUAUAUAGAUGAGAUUAAAAUAGUAGAUAAGAUAAAAAACAAUAAAAGCCUUGUAUUUGAUUUCAAUUUAGUUGUUAAAA